AUGACAGAAAUUUCGACAGGAGGAUGUUCUAGUGAUAAUCUGUCACCAUCAUCAUCAUCAAUAACAAUAGAUCAAAAUCAAAACUCAUUAUUAAAUACAACACGUCAACGUUCUUCCAUUCCUCAACAAAUGUUUUUCAAUGCAAUGAAACGCAAAAAUUGGAAUCCUAAUACUGAGGAUAUGAAAGUUAUUGUACCCAUACAUAAUGCCGUGAAUGAAAAGGCAUGGAAAGAAAUUUUGGAAUGGGAAAAAUUACAUGAAAACAAAUGUGGCGGUCCAAGAUUAAUAAAUUUUCAAGGUAGAUCAAAAGAUUUUACACCAAAAGCAAGAAUUUUGAAUUUGUUAGGAUAUAAAUUACCAUUUGAUAGACAUGAUUGGGUAAUUGAUAGAUGUGGUAAACAUGUAACCUACAUAAUUGAUUUCUAUUCAGGUCAACCAGAUCCAAAAUUUCCUGAACGUGUUGCUUCAUUCUAUCUUGAUGUUCGUCCUGCUUUGACUUUCAAUGGGACAAUUGAUAGAAUAAGAAAAUGGGUUAACAGCUGGUUGGUAUAG